CCGCGGACAGGAAGCGUCCUCUGCUUUUGGCGCGGUCUUGGCAGCGGCCAUCUUGGAAUCAGCUCGAGGUGUAAACCGUCCGCUGCUCAUUGAUUCAGAUCCUGGCGUCGACCAAGCACAGAAGCUGUUUAGCAUCCCGGUUUAACAGAGCCAUUAGAUACAACAGUUUGUUUUCUGUUGCUUACUGAGCGGUGAAGAAAACUCGGGCAGAAUUGUUGAAGGAACCGUUAUGGCGACUGCAAGCGCUACUCCAAGCCGCGAAGCUGGCCGGUCAGCGGCCUCUACCCCUCUCUCCCCGACACGGAUAUCUCGCUUACAGGAGAAACAGGAGCUGCAGCAUCUGAACGACAGGCUGGCUGUCUACAUCGACCGUGUGCGGGCUCUGGAGCUGGAGAACGACCGGCUUAUGGUCAAAGUGUCUGAGAAAGAGGAGGUGACCACUAGAGAGGUAACAGGACUAAAGGCUCUGUAUGAGGCAGAGUUAGCUGAUGCUCGACGGGUUUUGGAUGAAACUGCUAGAGAGAGAGCCAGGCUCCAGAUAGAUCUCGGCAAGGCUCAUGCUGACCUGGAGGAAGCUACACACAAUGUCAAGAAAAAAGAUGGUGAUCUUGCUGCAGCACUGUCCAGGGCCAGUGGUUUGGAAGGCCAGCUGAAUAAGAGUGAAGCAGCUCUUUCUACAGCUCUAAGCCAGAAUGCUGCUCUGACUUCUGAGCUAGCUGAUGUCAAGAACCUGCUGGCAAAGGCAGAGGACAGCCAUGCUGUUGCUAAACGCCAGCUGGAGGCAGAGACACUGAUGCGUGUGGACUUGGAGAACCGCUGUCAGUCACUGAGUGAAGAGCUGGAGUUCAGGAAGACGAUGUUUGAAGAGGAGGUGCGGGAGUCUCGGCAUCGGCAUGAGCAGAGAAUAGUGGAGGUGGACUCUGGAGUCAGACAGGACUAUGAGUUCAAACUGGCACAAGCUUUACAGGAUCUGAGGAGACAACAUGAUGAGCAAGUCUCUCUCUAUAAGGAAGAACUGGAGCACACGUUUCAGGCAAAGUUGGAUAAUGCCAAAGUGUCCUCUGAGAUUAAUGACAAGGCAAUGAGUUCAGCGAGGGAGGAGGUGCAGGAGUCCCGUACGAGAAUAGAGAGCCUUGGAUAUCAGCUCAGUGCUCUGCAGAAACAGGUGGCUGCCUCAGAAGAUCGUAUCAGAGAGCUGGAAGAAAGUCUGUCGGCUGAGCGAGACAAGCACCGUCGUGCCAUUGAAGCAAAAGAACAGGAAAUGACUGAGCUGAGAGACAGGAUGAACACUCAGCUCAGUGAAUACCAGGAGCUGCUGGAUGUGAAGCUCGCUCUAGAUAUGGAGAUCAAUGCAUACCGGAAACUGCUGGAGGGAGAGGAACACAGACUGAAGCUGUCCCCCAGCCCAUCUUCUCGAGUCACCGUUUCCAGAUUAACAGGAUCUUCAUCCUCUCGCUCUUCCAAGAGGAAGAGAGUGGAGGCAGAGGCUAAAGAAAUGCCAGAGAUUGGAAGAGGAGAGGAGCAACUGCUGGUGUCAGAAGAGGCUACCUCUAGUGGAGCUGUCACCAUAUCACCAACUGACAUGGAUGGAAAUGCAGUCACACUUACCAACGAUACUGAGCAGGAUCAGCCUUUGGGUAACUGGAGAUUGAAGAGACAGGUUGACAACGGUGAAGAGAUUGUCUACAAGUUCUCCCCAAAAUACGUCCUGAAAGCCGGACAGUCUGUCACGGUGUGGUCUGCUGAUGCUGGUGUGGCUCACAGUCCUCCAACUGACUUGCUGUGGAAAAGCCAGGCUUCUUGGGGCACAGGAAGUGACAUAGUUACCUUUUUGAUCAAUGCUGAUGGCGAGGAGGUGGCCAGGAGGACCGUAACCAACACUCAGGUGGAGGUAGAUGAUGGAGAGGAAGAGGAGGAGAAAGUGGUACAAAAGGGCAAAGUGUCAUCCAGAGAGUGCGCCAUCAUGUGAAGCCUUCCUGUUAUGCUAAUGGCUUUUAACCUUUAUAUACUGUUUGUUUGAUUUUGAUUUUUAUUUUCUGGUUUUUCUUCUAGAGACAUUCAGAUAUGAUCCUGUCCAUUGCCUCAUUAUUUGAUGUUUUUAUUAUUCAAGAUAAAAAAAUUUUGGUAUAAUGGACUCAGUUUUUAUAGCUUUCCAUAUUUCUGAACCCACUUUAAUAUGGGUCAUGAGUCCAAAUAUUGCGACGCCAACAUCGGUGGAUUACACAGCGAUGAUGGAGUCCACACACACAGUAUAAAACACACUGUAUACUCAGUGUGUACCGAGUAACCAUUCUCCUCUGAAAUCAGGGCCUUUCUGAACGUGUUUCUAAUUUUAGCAUCAUUUUGUCUGCUGCAUGUUUUAUUAUAAUUUUUUUUUCAUGUCUUCCAUUCACUUGCAUACAAAUGCUAAUGUAAUAAUGCAUUCUUGUGCAAUUAUCUUGGAUUUCCCAGUUCAACAGUUGGUUUGCAAGUGAACGGCUUUUGGGGCACACUUGGUUGUUACGUGACCUUCUGAUCACAACCCAAUGCUUUCAUGCCAUCUUUUCGCUCUGUCACGAUGCUCCUUACCUUUUUUCCUCCGUAUUUCUCCAAAGGUAAAGAGAAAUAAAAUGUGAGCUAUUUUUCUUGGCAGAGCUAAAGACUGCAGGAUGUGGAGUGUUAUGAAGUUACCUGCAUUUCUGUUAAAUGCAGUUAACUUCCCUGUUAAGCUACAGUAGACAGAAAUCCAUAAAAGCCAGGAAAAAUGCAUAAAACAAAACUGCCAAAUCUGUAAACGGGCAGUGCUGCCCCCUCUGUUCUUAGUACCUUCCAUAGGACUAGCAUAGGCAGAAUUAUGUGACUCAUAUGAACCCUGCUUUUCCAGGAAAAACAGGGCCUUGUUUAACCCAGUCCCCUUAUAUACACUCCUUAUACUACUUUUAUACUCACUGUGUUUGGGCUGAAAUGAGUAAUUGCCACAAAUCAGCUGUGUAAAUCCUGAAAACCCAGCCCAGAGGAAGGUCAUGACCCUCAGACUGCUUGAAUACAAAUUGUUUGAAUGUUCUUAUGGAAUAUUUAAAUUUUUGUUGAAUGACACUGCAACUUAUUACCUAACCUGGCUUUAUCUGUUGCUAAUACUUGUUGGGGAUUCCUUCAGUAAAGCCAGGACUUCUUGACCAAAAAAAAACACUAGUGGCUAAUUUUAACUGACAACACUUCUGAUAAUAGACUUAUCUGUGCUGCCCUUGUGUAGUCUGUAAAGGAAGGAAUAUGUAAUUUGUGUAGUAUCAUGAAAACCGAUGGAUUCCUCUGUCUGUUAUCCAGGAAAACACAGAACUUCAGAAUGGUAAUAUAAGUAUUUUUUUGCAACUACUGACAUAGGGAAACAUUAGAAACAUGUAGGCCAGUGAAUAACAUUUUGACAAAAAACAAAGUUUGAGAAAUAAAUGCUUCUCAGACUUGCUAAAUGUUGCGUCUCUGAGCCAAAACGCUGAUCACAUCAUGAGCUGCAGAAACAGGAUGCGCAUGUAUGCAGAUGGAUUGAGAGAAAUGACAUGGAAACCUAUCUUAAUCUGGCACACAUAUUAAUCAUGGACCCAAAAAGUAGAGUGGAGUCUUUGCUGUCUCAUGAUAGGAGUGGGUUCAAAUGCAUGUAACAUUCAGAAAGGUUGCUAUAAUAGAAGAACCAUGUUUUCUUUGCCUGGGAUUGAACGCAGCAUCACUUCUCUUAGGUGAGGUUAUGAAAUGAUGAGAUUAAAAUGAAAGCUUUGUCAAUCUGAAACAUCAAACUGACUAAAAGUUGUAAGCGUGUGAGAUCAAUGGUAAAAGAUUCCUGUCUCCUCAGACUUAGAGGUCUGAUGUGUAUUUCGGUGGACUAUAUUCUCCAUCUGUACUGUUUGAUUUGAGUGCACUGUAUGAGGGUUUUUCUCAUACCUGGUGUCCAUUAUUGAGGAAACUCAGCUCUCCUUGUGUGUUUGUAUCGUGUGCUUUACUAGUUCUUGAUGAUGUAAUCAGUUUAACUUUUUUCUGUCUUUUUUUAAUGUGUACAAUUCCUAGAUUGGUUCUGGUAGGGGUUUUAUGACUUAAUGAAAAUGGGGAACUGGACUGUACGUAGUAUCAGGGUCCACAUAAACUAAACACUAUUCUUGUAGUGUUCCAUUAAAAGUUGAGAAAAAUGAUCGAACUAUUUUCUGACUUCAUAUUGGGAGAAAGCAGCGACUGCUUGAUUAAUAACUGAAAAGUAACAAACCCUGACAACAAGUUUGAAGCAGAAAGAUGGUUUGUUCAUUUAGGGGUUGGGGAAUGUCUUGUGUCUGUUUUCAUCUAUGAUUUACUGUUGAGCUACUUUUUGUACACUUAAUAAAUGUUUUACACAUACCUA